AUGGACGUGAACGUCAAGCACGCUGGCAAGACACUCAAUGUCGUCCUCAAUCCUGAGAUACCGCCUUUGCACUUCAAGGAGGCAAUUUACCAGGUCACUGGAGUCCCAGUGGACCGUAUGAAGGUCAUGGUGAAAGGUGGCGUUCUCAAGGACGACACAGACUGGAAAAAGAUCAACCCCAAGGCUGGACAGACGUUCAUGGUUAUUGGCGCUGCUGGAGAACUACCCAAGCCUCCGGAGAAGCCUAUUACUUUCCUCGAAGAUAUGGAAGACUCCGAACUUGCAGAGGCACUGGCGAUGCCUGUGGGCCUCAAAAACUUAGGAAAUACCUGUUACAUGAACUCUACGAUUCAAGCUAUCCGGGCGAUACCACCUCUCCAAUUGGCACUCAAUAAGGCAUCCACUACGCCACCCCUCGUAUUGACCAUUCGCGACCUUUACAACGACAUGUCUCGUACCACCGAACCUGUUGUUCCCUAUGCUUUCCUGACCGCUCUUCGUCAAACACAUCCCCAGUUUGGCGAAAUAGACAGAAGCGGCGCCAGUGGUGGCAUUGCUCGUGGGUUCGCCCAGCAAGACGCGGAAGAAGCCUACAGCCAGAUCCUCAACUCUCUGCGUGAAGUCCCCGACUCGGAUGAUCCAAGCAAGAAGUUCCUUGAUCAAUGGAUGGCCGGUGAGAUCCAGCGAGUGACAAAACUCGAAGUCGAUCCAUCAGAAACACCCGAACCUCCUACCAUUACCACCGAGAAGGUCAUGAAGUUAGAGUGCCAUAUAUCAAUUAAUACGAACUACAUGGCUACCGGAAUCUCUAACUCACUGAAGACAACCCUAACAAAACACUCCCCUAGUCUCGGGCAUGACGCGUCGUAUAUCCAAACCGCGUGCCUUACGCGUCUACCUGCGUACCUUACUGUUCACAUGGUCCGAUUCGCGUGGAGGGCUGAUGUUGGACGCAAAGCGAAGAUCAUGCGUAAAGUCAAGUUCCCGACUACUUAUGAUGCUCUGGAAAUUGUUUCGGAAGAUCUCAAAAGCAAACUUACGACGGUGAACCGACGUCUAGUGGAGAUCGACAAGAGUCGAGCGGAACGACGGAAAGCUCGACUGAGGCGUCGGGGUUUGGCCGGUGGUACGGAAGCUCAAGCCAUGGAUAUCGAUGACGGGGAACCGGAAUCAGUGAAGAGAGCAAAAGAACGAGAAGAGAUUGAUAACCUUGUGGAUCCCGCCAUCAAAGCUGAUACCGGAGCCAGUUGGAGUGGAUUGUAUGAUCUCGUGGCCAUUGUGACGCACAAAGGCGCGGCUGCAGACUCCGGUCAUUAUAUUGGAUUCGCUAAGAAAAGCGUGUUCCAUGAUCCGUCGUACUCUGGAGCUCCGGUCACCGACAUGGAUGUUAACGCUCUCGAUAGCAUCGAAGCCGAUGAAGAUUGGUACAAGUUUGACGACGACAAAGUAUCCGUGUUCCCCAAGGACAAAUUGGGUACUCUGGACGGCGGCGGGGAGGAUUCCUCCGCCUAUGUUUUGGUAUAUCGAAGUCGAGUUGUGUAGACCUAGAAACGUUCAAAAAGCAACAUGUGUACAAGUAAUCGUCAUGCCUGUUAUUGGUGUAAUUGCAAACCGUUUCGACGGAAACUCAUG